GUCUCAAAAUUUUGACAUAACAAUUGAUUGUAUUUUUUUUUGCAAAAUUGAUUGAUAUAAUAUUUCCGAAAAUGUUCUCUUUCAAAUUUAAAAUGUGUAGAAGUUCCAGAUUUCCGAACCCAUUCCAAUUUUUGGCUGCGUCGCUUAGAAGAGAUCAAAGCGCUUUGAAAAAAGCCUGUCAUUUUCCCUUGUUAGAUUUAUGUAAUAUGUAUGGAGCAUUUGUUGGACUGUUGGGCAUGGGAGUGUGUUUGUACGAUAUGUUGAAGAUAGUGCAAGGCGGUCGAACGUUACCUUGCUCGUUCUAUCGUGGGAAGAUCGAUCUCCACAUCAAAUGCCUAACGCCCGAACACGAAAGAGAUUGUAAAUUAAUUAACUUGGUUCUGUCUUUUCAAUCUUACGCUCUACUGGUCGCUGGCUCUACAAUGAGAAAUCCGUACUUAUUUUUGCCAUGGCUGGCAUUAUACGCUCUUGUAAUCGCCGGAGAUAUGACAGUGGUUACCAUACAACUGUUUAAGGAAGGGAUCGACUUUGAGAAGCGAUUCUUGAUCUCGUCCAUUGUAUUGAUUUACAAUUGGCUGGCCAUUUUUUGUAUGUUUGUCCAUAUGAAUGUCGGAAGAUGA